CCCCCCACGCCCCCACGGACUCUCCGCGGCGGGGCCGCCCCGCACUGGGCCCACUCCGCGCCUCGGUUGUCCGCCCCCUCCUGCCCGCCUCGCCGCCCGCCUCCCUGCCUCCCUCCCGGGGCGAUGUCCACGGGCUCCGGGAGCGAGGCGGAGGAGCUGCCCGAGAUGGACCUGCGGGCGCUGCAGCUGGACUACCCGCCGCCGCCGGCCAAGCGCCAGCCCCGCGGCGAGCUCUACCCGUCGGGAGACAACUCCUCAGCGGCGGAGGAGGAGGAGGAAGAAGAAGAGGAGGAGGAGGAGGAAGAGGACGGCGAGGGCAGCUGCGCGGCGGGGCCGGCGGGCAGCGGCUGCAAGAGGAAGCGGGCGCGGGGCGGCGGCCCCGGGGGCAAGAAGGCGGUGUCGGGGCCGCGGGGGCCGGCGCCGGAGGGAAAGCAGUCCCAGCGCAACGCGGCCAACGCGCGGGAGCGAGCGCGGAUGCGGGUGCUGAGCAAGGCGUUCUCCCGGCUGAAGACCAGCCUGCCCUGGGUGCCACCCGACACCAAGCUCUCCAAGCUGGACACGCUGCGCCUGGCGUCCAGCUACAUCGCCCACCUCCGGCAGCUCCUGCAGGAGGACCGCUACGAGAACGGAUACGUCCACCCCGUCAACUUGACUUGGCCGUUUGUGGUUUCAGGAAGACCUGAUUCUGACACCAAAGAAGUUUCUACUGCCAGCAGAUUAUGUGGGACUACUGCAUAGUCAAAGUAAACUGAUUGUUGUUGUUGAUAUGUAAUUUUUUUUCUUUCAUCUGGGCUGGAUAAUUUUAAGAGCUGUGAUUUAUCAGCUCAAGACUAGAAGGUGGGGACAAGUCCCUAUCUUUAGCAGUGUUAAAUCUGUGUCCCCUGUCAUUCUUUUCCCUAAGAGUUCUGAGUGAAGUUUAUUUAAAGCAGUAGAGAAGGGAGGGAGUGGAAAUUAGUUUUUAUGAACUGAGUGCAGCAGCUAAGUCUGGGAUUUGGAAAGGCCCUUCUUUGGCUUCAUCGUUCUUACCAAUGCCUGAGGACCUGUUGUUCUGAGGCUAUUAAACUAAUGCAAGAGGAAUAUAAUUAUAUAGAAUUAACAGCAUGGACCAAAACACAACUCUACAAACUAACCCCAAACAGUGUUAUUUGUAUUCUAAAGCAAAGCAGUAUUUUAGAGUAGCUUUGAAACUCAGAUAGAUUUAUAAUAUAUUUUGAUGGCUUUUCUCUUCAUUUUUUUGCAGUUCACUGCAACUAUGCAAUAGUCAUACUUUUUUUGUUGUUGUUUUUCUUAAAGAUGGAUGAGUGGCUACAAUCUGCACUUAGGCUGCCAUCCACUGGAAUGAAACUAAUUCCUCUGGUUAUGCCUUGAAGUGCCACAUGUAAUAAUGUGGGACUGUUCCCAGAGAUGUGGCAGAGUUUCUAUGCCUUAAUCUGGAAGGGAAUUCUGCUUAACCAUAACACCAAGGUGCCUGUGUUGUAAAGAAUUAGUUUUAUGAUGCUGCAAGAUAGUAAGAAUUCAUGAUGUUUUCAACAUUUUUCCUGUACUGUCAUGCUUAUCUUUGAAAAGUUCACCCUCAAAUGAGUUCUAGUGACAUUUCUUCACUGAUUCAAAUGCUGUAAUAAAAGAAGAUGCCAUCAAAUAAGUUGCAAAUGUAAAUAACUUUAUUUUUUUAUAAAUGACAUUAAAAGCUUGGUUACAAUGACUUACUGGUACUGUGAUAGUGUGUGGCUGCAUCAAUAUAGGAACAUCUUUGGAAUGGAAUGCAUGUUCUUGAAAGCCGCUGUUGUAAACACAGUUAUCUUCCUCAUCUCCUGUGGGCAGAUACAUCUCCAGCAAGAGUCAGAUAAGAAGAGUUUCACCCCAAACAAUUAACAUGAGGUACAGUACUGCAUUAAACAGCAGGGAAACCCACAUUUUAACAAUUUACAGAAUUCAUUGUCAUCAUUUUUCCUGUGAAUCAGGAAAAUCAAUAAUUGUAGAUUAAGAAAUAACUUCUUUGUAGCAUGAAAGGUAUUGUAAGGGCUCCUUUUGCUGCUCUUUGUCAUUUUACAUUUCCAUCUGUAGUCUGUUUUGCUUUUAUUUGUAUUCAUGCAGUGGGAAGUCAGCUGAGCUUUCCUAGUUGGGCACACACUUUUCCUGUUUGAAGAUCAAAACUACUGAGAAAAGGUUUUCUCAGUAAGGGAGAAGACUGAAUUGCUUUAGAGAAGAAAAAGUCCCUCUUCUUCAUUUAAGCAGCCAGGAGGAAGAAACAUUUGACUAUCAAGAACCAGUUUAACCUGGUUUCUUGUCUAUGUCGUGGAUUUCUGUUUUGAAAUACUGUUUAGAAGCUCAAGACUGACUAUUUGUCGUGUCUUUCAAGUAGAUAAACUGCAGAAAAUUGCUUUUCUUGUGAAGUGUACAGUAUUCCAGAGCCUCUGCACAAUCAUAUAAGGGCUCAGUCCAGGAUCUGCUGAAAUUAUUGAUUUCAGUGAUUUGAGAGCAAGCUGUACAGAGACCAUAACCUAAUUUAUGUCCCAGUUUUAUUCAGAGAAAGACUGUGAAGGAAGAGGACUAUCCUGAUUUAUAGUUAUGUAACUGAGGUGGGACUCCAACUCACCUUCUCUAGUAAGCUUUAUGAAAAUAAAAUAAUAUAAACAGUAAAUCAAAAUAAGAUGGACCUUUAGGAAGCCAAAAGGUAUAAAAAACCCUCAACCAAUGUUUAUCUGAAUCCUAGAGAAAAGAUUAUUCAGCAAUUCAACUGAGGUGCCACUUGAUAUAAUCUCAGUUGUGAUACGUAGCUGGUUUUGGCCUUGAUCCCAUCUGUAAUUGGUUAAUGACUCUAGGAGAUCAGGAAAACAAGGAAAGCAUGGAGAACUUUAAGCAGUAUAGAAAAGUCAGUGAGAAAUUAUGGAAAAAAUGAUGUCCAGGGUAAAUUCCCAAAUAUGAAGUGGUUAUAUUAAGUAAAUACAAUAGGUUAAAAUUGGGGGUGAGGAGUGUGACAUGAAGAAAAACAUAAUAUUGCUUCCAUCCAUGCAUCCUACUACAUGUUCUCAAAUAUUUUUUUUCCUUUGUGGCUACAUAAUGUAUAAAAGUAGUUUCUCAAUAAAAUAAUGAAAGCA